CUUACAACCACGAUUACUUGUCAAGCCGAACGUUGAAGGGCGACGUAGAACUGUUACUUGACGAUUUUCUGGAGCACGGGGCGCCGAGAAUGAAGCUGGAGGUUGUUUCACGCUCGGGGAGGUCCAUCGCCACGCUGGACGUGAACCCAGACUCGACCGUAGCUGAACUGAAGAAGAAGUUUCAUGGGCUCAAGAAGACCUAUUACCCAGCGCGGCAGCGGUUUGCGCUGCCGGUGAAGGCCGGGGAGACGCGCGGCCAGGUGCUGUCCGACGACAGCAAGCGGCUUAGCGACUACGGCCUCGCCGAGGGCGGCAAGCUAGAGUUCAAGGACCUGGGCCCGCAGAUCGGCUACAGCACUGUGUUCUUCUGGGAGUACUUCGGGCCGCUGGUGGUGUACCCGCUGUUCUUCUUCCUGCCGCAGUACCUGUACCCGCAUAUCAAGGCGCCCGCCGGCGGCACCCAGCACGCGCUGGUGCAGAAGCUGGCGUGCGCCUACUGGUGCUUCCACUACGCCAAGCGCAUCGUGGAGACCUUCACUGUGCACAAGUUUGGGCACGCCACCAUGCCCAUCUUCAACCUGUUCAAGAACUGCGGCUACUACUGGGGCUACGCUGCCUACGUGUCCUACUUUGUCAACCACCCGCUGUACACCGCGCCCAACCAGACCGUCAGCGUGGCCUGCCUGGCCGCGGCGGUGCUCGCGCAGCUCGGCAACUUCUGGUCUCACCUGAUCCUGGCGGGCUUGCGCAAGCCCGGCGAGAAGGAGUACCGCAUCCCCAAGGGCGGCCUGUUCAACUACGUGUCGUGCGCAAACUACACGUUUGAGAUCUGGGGCUGGCUGCUGUACAGCGUGGCGGUACAGUCCAUCCCCGCCUACCUGUUCGCCGCAACCGGCGCGGCGCAGAUGACGCAGUGGGCCAUCGCCAAGCACAACCGCCUGCGCAAGCUCUUCGACGGCAAGGACGGGCGGCCCAAGUACCCCCGCCGGUGGAUUAUCUUCCCGCCCUUCCUGUAAAGGGCGCAAGGACCUGGAAGCGGCGCAGUGGCAGUAACCCUAGUGGUAUAGUGGUGGCUAGGAUGGGGGUUAUGCAGGGGAUCUUGUGUUGGAUGAGGUGUCUAAUGAGCAAAGGAAGAAGCGGUUGCGUUGAUGUUGCCAGACGUUGUGCUGGUUGUGCGUUGUCCACCGGCUGCUGUGAGCAUGGGGCAUUUAUAGAUCGAGGGCUGUGCAGAGGUGUGUAGGCAAGUAAGGUGCACGCCCGCCAGACCCAGGGUUGGUCGACUGGGUCCGCAACAGGCACUGUGCUGGCCACCGUGUAAACGUGUCACGGC